AUGAGCUCACCGGUAGCGGACCAGUACCAGGUUGAUGAAUUCAACUAUGGGCCACCCCCGGCUUCAUUUUUCACAGGUCCGGCUGCUCGCCAGAUUCAGAAUCCCCAGCACAUUUUCAUGAAUUAUCCUCAGCCGGUUCCAUUGCAGAGGCCCGGGUCGGCUUUUCAACCCCUUCAGGCGAGAGAUGGGUGCCCAGAUAUCGACCUGAUGGCACUCCAGCCUGCACCUCAGGCGUCGACUCCCGGGAUGCAUCCUACUUCGAACUACUGCUUCCAAGCGGGGAAUCAGGAGCCGAACGAUAUGCAGAAUAUGCAUAGUCUGCCUGUCGGUGCAGGGUUCAACGGCUACCAUCAACCGCUUCCCAACGCCUGGUACUCCCAGCCCUCGCCGAACGUUGCUGGGGCUGCUUUUCAAGGGAUGCCAGCUGGCCAGGCCUCUCAUCAGGUCCCUCCUCAGCUUCCCCAGGCCUAUGGCAGCAUUGCCGGGGGCCCUUUGCCGGAGAUGCCAGGAAACCAGACCCCUCAACCCUUUGUUAAUGCCAACCAGGCUGCUCCUUGGGGAACAUUCGUUGAUCAGACUCCUCACGGGAGUUAUCAACCCUCUGCCAACAUGACUAUGACCGCUCCUCAGAAUUCACUUGUCAGUCAGCCCUUUGUUAAUACCACCGGGGCUGCUCCUCAGGUCACUCCUCAGGCCUUUCAGCCCUCUGUCAAGAAUACCGGGGCCGCUUCUUGGGAAAUACUAGUUGAUCAGACCCCUCACCAGAGUCAUCAGCUCUCCACCAACAUCCCCUCGGCCGCUCCUCAGCAGUCACUAGUCGAUCAACCCUCCCAGCCCCCUGUUAACAUCGCAAGGGCUACGCCUCGAGGGAGGUCAGUUAACCAGGCCGCUAACAAGGGCUCUCCAGAGGUCCCUCCUCAGGCUCUUCAGUCCUCUACCAACGUCACUGGGACUACUCCUCGGGGAACACUCGGUAAUCAGACUCCUCACGGGAGUCACCAACCCUCUACCAACACUGCCGCGACUGGUCCUCAGAAGUCAACAGACUGCCAGCCCUCUAAGUCCACUGUUGAAAACACAGGGGCUGCUCAUUGUGGAACACUCGGUAGCCAGAGUUCUCACGAGAGUCAUCAGUCCUUUACCAACAGGGCAAUCACUGCUCUUCAGCAGAUACUUGACAACCAGAGCCCUCGACGCUCUGUUAGCGCCACCGGGGCUGCUACCCAGGGGGAGCCAAUCAGCCAGGCCUCUCAUGGGAGCCAUCAACCAUCUAUCAACACCGCAGUGACUGCUCCUCAAAAGUCACUAGUCAUUCAGCCCUCUCAACCCGUCGCUGGCCUCACCGGGGCUGCUCCUCAGGAGAGACCAGUUGGCCACAAUGGCCUUGAGGUACACAGCAGGAUACAUGGCAGCCGAGUCAAUGGCGUCAGAAAAUCAACCACCGCCCAGUCUCCAACCACGUCUCGCGGCCGCAAGAAGUCCGAAAAGAAGAAUCCGAGCCCAACAAAGACGCAGCCACAGAAAUCCUGUCCCCCACCGCCCCCAGCUAAGGACAUACUCAAGCAGAAUGAAUGCAUCAGCUGGGAGGCCGACAUGGCCCGUCACCUCCAUAAUAGCAAUGUGAUGGGUCUCUACAAGAUUGGAGAUUAUCUGUGCGACGUGCACGCCGCCUCUGGCGACUUCGUCAAACUCGCUAGGCGUGGUGUUACACCUGACGGGGAGUACUUCUGGCGCCACACCAUCCUAGGGCAGCGUAUUCACUCCGUUGGCGCAGAGCAUCUCAAUGGCAGGAUUGUUUGCUCGAGCAACGGCGCCUUUAUAGGGAUGGAGGACUCGCAGGGAAAUAUGAUUGUUCCUAAGUGGCAAUUCACCGACCCUGUGGACCUGGAGAGCAAGUCCAAGGAGCGGAAGGAUCAGAGCGAAUCCAAGGAGCUGAAGGAUCAGAGCGAGUCCAAGGAGCUGAAGAAUCAGAGUGAGUUCAAGAAACUGAAGGAGGCGCUGAAGAAUUGGAGAACCACACUCAAAAAGGAGACAGCAGCAAUCUCAGGACUCAAACCUGGCUGUGAUCCGAUGUGGUUCUAA